AUGUCUACAAGAGGUAGAUAUACUAGGGUGUGCGUUGAAGUUAAUCUCACGAAGCUGUUUGUCUCUAGAUUUGCCAUAGGAAAAUAUACAUAUAUAAUAGAAUAUGAGCAUCUACACUAUUUUUGUUUUGCUUGUGGAAAGGUUGGCCACCGGAAAGAAUAUUGCAGCAUCAAGCCAGUACAGCUAUCGUCACCAACACCGGCACCGGCGUGUCUAGGUGGAGAAAGGAUCAGUACAACAGAGAGAGUUGAGCAGUCCAUAACGGCUACUUCCUCUAGCCCAAAAACAGAUCUUGCAAUUGGAGAUGAGUCUCAAUUUGACCCAUGGAUGCUUGUUAACAGAAGAAAUCGGAAGCCCAUGACUGCUAACCGUCAGUCAGGGCCUACAAUGCACAAAAAACCCAAUAACAGAUUUGGCCCCCUUACUAAUAAGCACACCACAGAUGGUACCACUGAUGAUACUAUAGUCAAAGGGGUCCAAGUGUCUCAGCCCACGAAUCCCUCAAAAGCAACAUCCAGUGCCACACAUCUACAUAGCAACCUGGUGCUUGCAGUCCAUACGUCAAAGGCUAAUCCUACUGCUAUUAGUCAUCCCUCUUCCAGCUCCGAUAUGAUAACUCAGGUGCAGGACUGUCAGGUGCAGUGUUCCACUACUUCAAAGAUUAGACCCGAGAUGAUCUCGGCGAUGGAGUCAGAGAAUCUGAGGAAUGAGCUGGCCCCCAUUAACCCACCAUUUUCUUGCACUUCCCCCUUCUCAUCACCACACUCAUCUGUACAUCCAGUAGUUAACACUCUAGACACUCAUCCUCCUGCUAACCCCAAGCUUCAAAAAAAGCCCCCUAACCUUAAACAUGAGUGA